AUGCCCGCACAAUCCAGCCGAACACCACGCCUAACACUACUAGACUCAACGUUCUGGCAAGUGCUUCCCGCAAACUACAAAAAGAUCACAGAGCGUUCGAUCAAGGUUGUGACGCUCCACGACGAAGCAAAGUCCGACCUGCUGCCCUCCGAUCGUGCAGGUGCAGUGAACUCACUGAAGGCUGAGCUCGAGAUACUGGAGAAAGACAUUGAAGAGUACCGAAGCAUUGUAAGAGGAAUCGAUAUCACAGAUGUGGCAGAGAUGUAUGUAGUCGCAGGGAGAGCGAGGCCGCAUGCGCUGCAGGUUGCGAAGGAGGAUUUUGAGAACAUGGAGGCAACUCUGACGUGUUUUGAGGAUAGGUUGAUGGACAUCAGGGCAGAACUUGUAUAUGGGUUUGAGAGGCAGCAUUGA